AUGUGUUUGAGUGAUGUGGAACGACACUGGAGUUUUCAGCCCCUCCGCCGCGCCCUGCCGUCCGCCGCCUCCGCCGUCCGCGACCGCCUGCGGGAGUGCGCGGCGUGGAUCCCGGAGGCUGGAGCAGUACUCGACCUGCUGGAGAAGUGUCCCGAGCACCAGAAGAAAGGAGGUUUUCCCGUCGUAGUUUUUGAGGGGCUGGAUGCCACGGGCAAAACCACCGUAACCCAGUCUGUUAAGGACACCCUGAAUGGCGUUCUGCUAAGGUCUCCACCCACUUGCAUCAGCCAGUGGAGGACAAUAUUUGAUGAUGAGCCAGCACCCAUUAAACGAGCAUUUUAUGCUGCGGGCAACUACAUUCUUGCUUCAGAAAUAGCGAAAGCAUCCACUCAGGCACCUGUGAUCAUAGACAGAUACUGGCACAGCACAGCUGCCUACACAAUUGCCACUGAAAUAAAUGGCAAAGUCCAGGAUCUUCCACCAGUUCAUGAUGAGGUGUACCAGUGGCCUGAGGAUCUCCUUAAACCCGAUCUUGUUCUUCUCCUGACUGUUGACCCUGAGGAGCGAGUCCGGAGACUUCAGCGUCGGGGGCUGGAGAAAACAAAGGAGGAAGCUGAGCUGGAAGCUAACAGUUUGUUUCGCCAAAGAGUUGAAGAGUCAUACAGAAGGAUGGUGAAUCCUGCGUGCCAAGAGGUCGAUGCCAGCCCCUCCAAGGAAGAGGUUCUCAAGACAGUGCUACAACUAAUUAAAAAACACUGUGCUUUGUGAAAGCAACUUCUGUGUAAUAGCACUUAAAAGAUAUUUUAUUAUUUUCCCUCUAUUUUUGCUACCUAAAAAUGCACUGUGAUGUGUUUUGUCCCACAGAAGAAUCUUCUCUUUCUCCUGUCGACAGUAAUCUGGGCAGGUUAUGUUUCACUAUUGCCCGCUGGUACUUUUCUGUAUAAGGCAAAAUACCACUCCCACAUUGUUCAGCAUUCUUAGCGAAGCCACAAACAUACUACAGUCAUGUACAAAGUCCUUCAGAGUGCUCUCUGACACUGUGACAUUUCAAGAUGCUAUCGUGUUGCAUCUUCAUCACCAGGAGAACCUGUUCCCGCAUCCGUUGUGCACCAGAACUCACUGGACUGCAGCAGGAGCAUUAGGUGCCCAAGGAGAGGCUGAAAUGUCAUCCAUCAGUAAAACAAUAAAAUGAUUAUAGCAUUGAGGAACAGAGAAUCCAGUGGCCCAGUGUUGUUUACUGGAAUAGAGAAUGAGCAGCUGCUGCUGUGAUGGGCAUCCUGUAAAAAAUGUGUCGUAAAUGAGGGCCAAUAAGCAUCUAGGCUUCCAAGUAAUAAAGUCCAAGCCUGUCAACAUAUGCAACUGAAAUAUCAAUUCAUUUCAGAGGGAAACAGGAGACUGCUGACAUAUUGGAAACAGAGACCUGAGAAGAACCUGAAAUUAAAAACAUUUGAUAAAUGAUUGCUAAGAUAUUUUUCUACAAAACAUUUUCUAUAUCCUAUUAAUAGCUUUGUUAACGUGAAUUUGUGUUCUUUUGAGAGAAUGAAAUGAAAAACCACAGAGAAUCUGAGCAGUGGGAGUGAUUGUACCUUUUCACGUCACCUUUUCUUUCUUGUAUGGGUUUUUGCACAUGUUGAAUGUGAAAGCGGGCUACCAUCAAGACUUCAGCUCUGCAAAGGUUUAUUUUUAUGUACGUUAGUUUCACUAUUGUUACUCAUAAGUGUAAAACUAAACAUAUGGAUAAGCCUUUGCGGGGUCAGAAAAGAACUGCAGAUCCAGAAAGAGCAUAACUAAAAUGUAAAUUUGAUUUAAAACACUAUUUUUACUUACUUUCCUAUGUUAAGCAAGUGCAAUUAUCAGUGAAUCUGUCCUGUAAAUAAAAAUGUACUCA